GUGGAGUCAUCGCGAGAAACCGACGCAAGCUUCCGUCUGUGUAUUUGUGUUGGAGGACCGCGGCCCGACGGAGAGCGGACUGUUGUGAAGCCUUCGGAACAAUAAUCGAGGAGGAGAUUUGAAUGUUCGCAGUGUUCACAGAGAAGAAGGACUAACGCAGAGAUGUCGGACGACCUGGUGAAACAGUUGAGCAGCUACAAAGCUCAGCUGCAGCAAGUGGAAGUGGCUCUAUCCACCGAUCAAGACAAUGAAGAUCUGCUCAAGCUCCAGAAAGACUUACAGGAAGUCAUCGAUUUGACUAAAGACCUCCUGACCGCACAGCCCAGUGAUGGUGCGUCCACCACCAACGGCUCCGACACUGUCCCCGUGAAGCACAGCUGGAAAGUGGGGAACAGGUGUAUGGCUCAGUGGAGUCAGGAUGGACAGGUGUAUGAGGCUGAGAUUGAGGAGAUAGACCGAGAGAACGGCACUGCAGCUGUUACCUUCUCUGGAUACGGGAACGCCGAAGUGAUCCCUCUGCAGAACCUCAAACCGGCAGAGGAGGGGAAACGUUCUGAUGAGGACGGGAACAUGAAGCCCAAAUCAAGGAAAGAACAAAUAGCAGAGCAGAGAGAAUAUAAGAAGAAGAAAGCCCAGAAGAAGGUACUGAGAAUGAAGGAGUUGGAGCAGGAGAGGGAGGAGCAGAAGUCAAAGUGGCAAAUGUUCAACAACAAAGCCUACUCUAAGAACAAGAAGGGACAGGUAAAGAGGAGCAUAUUUGCGUCUCCAGAGAGCGUGAAUGGAAAGGUCGGAGUGGGAACAUGUGGUAUUGCAGACAAGCCAAUGACCCAGUACAACGACACGUCAAAAUACAACGUCAGACAUCUAAUGCCCCAAUGACCUCAUAUAUUCUGUACAUAAAACAACUCACUGUAUACCAGCUGUGUCAGUGCUUUCCAUUGUGUUUAUACAUGAUUUAAGUUUCUCAAGUGAAGAAAACUUUUAAUUGCUUGCACACCAUUGUUAAAAUAUUGAUGUAGUUUUCUUAUAUAUUAUGUAGGUACAACAACAAAAACAUUUCCCUCCCCGCACUAGAACAAGGUCACGUGUUAUGUAAGAACUGAUUGUGGUGUUUUAGUAAAGCCAGAAACAGUUUGCUGUUUGUGUCAAGGUUCCACCGAGACUGAACUCCUGCUAAGAUGUGUAUAAGCCUGUGGACUGGGUGUGUACAUUUGAGGUUGGAUUUUCAACACUGACCAGUUCUUUGUGUGUCUAAACAUUAAUAAUGGUGUUGUAUAUAUAUAUAACAGUGAAAUAAACAUUGUUUUGUUUUCAGUUUUUUAAA